AUGCUCCGCUGGUCCGUGCUUCCUGCAGGGCUACGACUCAGCUGCACCCCAUCAUGUUCUCGCAGAUGGCUCUCGACUACCCGGCCUGUAUGCGCUGACAGCUCUCCACGCUGGGGCGAUACCCUUCUGCUGCCCAACACCGCGUUCCCAUUGUACAAUGACCCGUCCAAGGACCCAGCGCUGCGGAACAAGACAACGGAGGACCUCUACCGAUGGCAGUGGAAGCAUGCGCAAGGCCCUCUCUUUGUCUUCCAUGACGGCCCGCCCUACGCGAAUGGAGACCUGCAUAUGGGCCACGCAUUGAACAAGAUCCUGAAGGAUAUCAUCAAUCGCUAUCAUGUCUCUCUAGGUCACAGAGUAAAUUAUGUGCCUGGCUGGGACUGCCACGGACUUCCGAUCGAGAACAAGGUCCUGAAGCAACUAGGGGCUGAGAUAAAUCAACUCACCCCGUCGCAAAUUCGGGAUGAGGCCGAGAAGUUAGCCCGUAAAGAGGUCACAUCGCAGAUGGAGCAGUUUCAAGCACUUGGUAUCAUGGCAGAUUGGAGCUCAGAGACGACAUAUCGCACACUUGAUCCCGAGUAUGAGUUAAGGCAACUGGAAGUCUUCAAGGCCAUGGUCGAGAAGGGUCUCAUCUACCGGCAACAUCGACCCGUCCAUUACUCACCGUCGUCGCGGUCCGCGCUUGCUGAGGCCGAGCUCGUGUACAACGAGAAGCACGUCUCACACUCCAUCUAUGUAACUUUCGAGCUCGACCCCGCCAGUCCACAUAUGUCGGGCUCUCUUCGCGCAAUGAUUGCAGGUUCGAAGAAGGUGUCACUGUUGGUCUGGACAACAACCCCGUGGACUUUGACUGCGAACAUGGCUAUUGCGGUUAACCCGGAAAUGGACUAUCACGUCGUUGCUGUCAAGGAUGGCCCGGAAGAAGGCAGCGCCGAGUCACUACUGAUUUACGCAGCGGAACGUGCGGACGCUCUUCAAGAGAUUCAAGGUCUUUUCCCCACCCCACCCGUCCACAUAGGCGAACUCGAAGGGUCCGACCUGGUUGCUGCGGGCUACCGCCCGAUCUUUGCGCCACUGCAUAGCUCGCCGGCUUCGUUGCCGUCUCUCCCCAUCAUACCUUCGUCGCACGUCACACACGAUUCCGGUACGGGUUUAGUGCACUGCGCACCUGCACACGGACCAGAGGACUAUGCCGUCAUGCAAUCGCUUGGCCUCAUCUCGUCGUCCUCCACUUCGUCAUCCUCGCCAUCAUCUUCUGCAGUCGACCUCGUGUGUCACGUCAAUGGCCUUGGACAAUUCACUAGCGACGUAACAGAUGUUGUUGGCAAGGAAGCCGCGAGCCGUCUAGUUGACCAAGACAUCCUCGACCAGGGCGGACGGGAGAUUGUGAGCCUCCUUACCGAGCUCGGGGCCCUUCAUAAGGUACAGAGAUACAAGCACCGGUAUCCAUACGACUGGAAGACAGACAAACCCGUGAUUGUGCUGGCGACAUCGCAAUGGUUUGCGAACCUGGACAACAUCAAGGAAGACGCCGUUACUGCUCUGCAGGACGUGUCGUUCUUCCCCGCCAUCACGCGCAACCGCCUUGAGUCCUUCAUCCGCUCUCGCUCCGAGUGGUGUAUCUCCCGGCAGCGCGUCUGGGGUGUACCCAUCCCCGCACUCUACCACCUGCCCUCCAACUCCGCCGUGCUCGACUCUGAAAGCCUCGCGCACAUCAUGUCCGUCCUCCGCGAGCGCGGCCCCAAGUAUUGGUGGGAAGGCCCCGCGUCCGCGUUCGUUCCACCAUCUCGGCGCGAGGGCAUGAGCGACGCGGAGCUUGAUGAAGUGUGGAGUAAAGGCACAGAUACGAUGGAUGUGUGGUUCGACAGCGGGUCGUCGUGGAGCAUGCUCGACGCCCUCUAUCAGGACCCCACCUUGUCCUCCCAGGGAGGCAAGGAGCGCCCGCGCACGUUCGGCGCGGACGUCUGCCUGGAGGGCUCAGAUCAGCAUCGCGGGUGGUUCCAGAGCCAGCUUCUGACCGCGCUCGGGUGUGCGACCGCACCAGAGCGCGCGCAGAAGGCACCGUACUCGACGCUCAUCACGCAUGGCAUGGUGCUCGACGAGGCAGGGAAGAAGAUGAGCAAGUCGCUCGGGAAUAUUAUGAGCCCCAUGACGGUCAUCAAUGGAGGCAAGAACGAGAAGGCGUACGGGCCAGACAUCCUGCGAUUGUGGGCCGCGACUGUCGAGUUUGGCAAGGACAUGUCGAUCGGCCCGACAGCGCUGACGCAGACUGCUGAAGCGAUGCGCAAGAUUCGCAACUCGUCGCGCUUCAUCCUCGGAAGUCUCGGUGACCGGCCAUACGAGCACAAAGUCGAGCGCGCGGAGCUUGGGCUCGCGGAUCGCUACGUGCUCCAUAGCCUGCACGCUCUAGAUAAGACAGCCCGUGAGGGCUACGAGACGUACAACUUCCCGCGAGUGAUCACCCAGUUGUCCUACUUUGCAAACGUCGUCCUGUCCUCAUUCUAUUUCGACAUCAACAAAGACCGUUUGUACGCGGCGCACGAGCAAGGGCUCGAGCGUCGCCGCGUUUUGACGGUGUUGGAUCAGGUUUUGACGACCAUGACCAAGGUUCUCGCGCCUGUUCUACCCCACCUUGCUGAAGAGAUCACCGCCACCCUACAUGGACCUGAUGCACCCUCUGUCUUCACCACCCCAUGGACACCUCUUCCGGACGAGUACAUCGACCCUCAGGCGGAGGCAGACAUGUCGCAACUAUUCCGUAUAAGAGACAAGGUCUUCGCUCUCUUAGAAAAGGCGCGCAAAGACGGACACGUCAAGAGCUCUCUUUCCGCUGAUCUUGCCUUGAACAUCACGUCGGCCACCACGUCAGAUGUGAUCGACCUGCUCGGGCGCGAAGAGAACAUGCUCGCCGCCCUGUUCGGCGUAUCUGGCGUCAGCCUCUCUGAACAUUCCGAUCAGUCCAAACCGCUUUGGCAGUACACCGACACCCUAGACCUAGAAGGUCAGCCGGGUACCGAGAUAGAGAUCGUUGUGCGUCCAGCGGCGUUGCACAAAUGUCCCCGGUGCUGGACAUUCACCCGCCACGAGCACGACGACCUGUGCAAGCGCUGCACAGACGUCGUGCACCCACAACAGGCAUCAUAG